AUGCCCCUCCAAUAUAGAUCCACCUUGACUCUACCUAGAGAGCACGGUGAUGCUAUUGACUGUCUUGCGUUGAGCCCAGAUGGGUUGUACAUCGCCAGUGGAAGCACCGACAAGCGGCUGGCUAUCUGGUCUCUUUCUUCUGGCCAAGCCCUUCAUCGCCUUGUGACUCAUUCCGCCGUAUUGUCUCUACUCUGGGCAAUUGGCGCCUCACGUAUCAUCUGCGGCACUGCCGAUGGUACUUUGAUCACAAUUACUUUUGAUGAGACGAAUGUCAAUAUUUCCGGCUAA